CCCCAAGGCUGCUCCAUGGAGACUCUGUGUCCUCCUCCCCGCCUGGCAGUGCCUGCGUCCCCGCGGGGGUCUCCCUGCUCGCCCACGCCCCGGAAACCGCGUCGGGGGACCCCGGAGUUCUCUCCGCUGUGCCUGCGUGCCCUCGCCUUCUGCGCCCUUGCCAAACCCCGGCCGUCCGCCCUGGGCCUGGGGCCUGGAGAGCUGGCGCCGCGGACCCCGGUGCUGCUGGGCCCCCCGGCCUCGCCAUGCACCGGCGGCAGGGCCGUGGACAGUCUGAAGCACCUCGGGGGACAGGCCGGGCGACCGAGCGACGUGAGCUCCGCGGCCCGCGAGGAUGCAGGAAUCGCGGUGUGCCCAGGCGGCGAAGUAGAGGAAGAGGGCGGAGGCGGCUUCCCGCACUUCGGUUCUGGUUCCUGCGCACCUCCCGGUUGCUGCCCUGCUCCCCGGCGUCCUCGGGAUUUUCCGACCAGCUCCGCCUGGUCCCCACCCAGGCCAGCCCCGAGUCUGGAGUUCCAGCCUGAUGCAGCUAGCAGUCCGCCUCAUGAGCCCAGCUCCCAGCCUCCUCCGCCACCUGCGGGCCUCUCCCCGGAACCUGCGUCUCCGGAGCAGCCUGUGCCGGCCUCGGCGGCUGCAUCGGGUGGAGACCCUGCCCCGGCCGCGCCCGAGGCACCCGCGCUCAGCCCUUCGACGGCAGACGCAGCACCAGACGCGCCCAGUGAUCUCCGCCAGGAACAUUUCAAUCGUCUGAUCCGCCGCUCGAAACUUUGGUGUUAUGCGAAGGGCUUCGCCCUGGACACUCCAAGUUUGCGCCGAGGGCCCGAGCGGCCGGCAGCCAAAGCCCGGGUAGCAGCCAAGAAACGCCGGCGGCCAGCGCCGCCUCCGCGCGGAGUGCAGCCCCGCCGGCCCGUCCCGACGCUCCCCACCUCGAGCACCUUUAGCCUCCUCGCCUGCUUUCCCUGUCCACCAGCCCUGGUGGUGGAGGAGGACGGAGACUUAGGGCCGGCUUCCUCGCUUCGCCUCCAGGGAGACGAAAAGCCUCCGCCUGCCCACCCGCUGUGGAGGUGGCAGAUGGGAGGACCCGCUGUCCCCGAGCCCCCGGGCCUCAAAUCCUGGUGGGUCAACUUGGAAGAACCCUGAGCUUUAGACCUCUUCUCCGGGUUGGGGCCCCGGGCAGUCUGAGGACUCCAGGAGGGAGCCUUGAUUCUCAGAUUUGUCUGUCUUUUUGCGUUUUAUGGACUGUGUGCCGAGGAACCGCAAAUGACAGUGAUCUUCAAGCACCUGAGAGGUCGGGGUGAUAGUCCCUCAUCGCGACCAAUGAACCAAGGGAUGGCUUCCGGAAAAGCCUUAACUGUAGAAGGCUGCAUGACCAGCUCCAUCCCUGCCCUCUCAGCGGGCGACCCAGGGUCUUUAUACCCCAGGGGAGCCAGGCGGCGACUGCCCAGAGACCAAAAGAAAGGGACGAGGGAAGGACCUUGGUGAUGGACAAACCGGUUGUUUCCGCGUUUGAGGGCCAGUUCAGGGACGUGGGGUUGCUGUGGGGUGGGAAAGUGAUUGACAACUCCCUGGGGGCAUCCUCUACCCCCCACGGUUCAGACCUUUAACCCUUUACACCCCCUUUCCUGUUCCUAGUCCUCUCCCCAAGUUCAGGUGAUUCUCCCGUUGAUGAGAGCCUCAGUCUCAACCAGCAGGGUUGAGCAACUUUACCCUUUUGUCCAGUUUUUGGGGUUUCCCUUGCCAUAAGGUUUGAUGAGUGGAAGAGUCCUCCAGCCCCACUUCCCUCCUCCCUUAAAGAGGAGGGCAGAGGGCCUAGUUGUGUGGCCCAAGGCUGGUUUAUCCUGGGGAACGGGCCAAAAAUUCCCUGGGAAGAUAUUGGAAGGUGGAAGAAAUCAAUAAAA